AAAUAGAACUGGAAUGUAACUUCGUUAACUAUUACCAAGUACUGACUACAGGAAACCAUAUCAGCUGAGAGCAGCCUUUCAAAUUUACAAUUUAAAAAUCUGAAAAAAAUGAAGCCUAAACUGAAGUAUUCAACCCCCAAAAUCUCCUCAGCAAAGCUGAACAGCACAGCAGACAGAACCUUGGUAAAACCUUGCAAGAUAAGAAAAUCCCUGACAGGAGACCAAAGAAAUUUGCCAUGUGUACUGUAUGAAGCUGCGCUCUGGCUUAUCAUAGAAAAGAAGGCCUGUUACUUUAGGAAAAAAUCACCAAACGGUGUGCACAAAAAUACAGGUGAAAAGCACAAAGAAAAACACCAGUUAUUUGCUGCCUAUCAACCUGCUAUGGAACACUCCACCUUUAAAAUAGCCAGGACCCAAGAAAACACUAAAACAUUUAACAUAUCAAGUAUCCAAGGAGUUUCAUGUGUUACAGAAUCUUGUGCUUCCCUGAGUACAUACAAUGAUCAACAUGUUAGUUUUGUUUGGGAAGAUGGAAAUUAUGUGACCAAUGUUGAAGACCUGCCAGAAGACCAAGAGAAAGACAAGGUGUUACUGCGAUACCAUGUGUCUCCCUACUCCUCGAGUACAUCAGAUGAUGGUGUUGAUGGUAAGCUGUUAAUGGUAAACCUGAGUCCUACAAAAGACAGAGACAUCUUGCUGCAUGCCAACAACAAGGAGCAGUCUGUGGAGCUCCAAAAGUGUAAAACCCCAUUGCCAGACCGGACCUUCUUUGUACUUCAUAAGGAAUCCUCUGAAUUUGUUUCAUUCGAAUGUAAGAGUAAUCGUGGAAUGUAUAUAGGAGUCAAAGAUAAUCACCUUGCUCUGGUGGAAGGAAAGAGUCAGACUAGUGAGAAUAUCAUGUUUAAGCUCUCCUUAAUGUAAUAGAGAGCUGCAGGAUCUGGUUUGGGCAACCCAGUGCUACUACUGGAGAAGGAGAAGGGUGAAAGAGAAAGGCAAUAUCUAGGGGAAAGGCUUAGAAUGCUGUGGGACUGUUUCAUUUACUAUGUGUAAAAAAAUUAUUUUCUAAUCCUUCAGUUGUUUUAUUUUUCUUUGUAUCACUACAUAUUCAAUAAAAGUAUGGGUAUAUAAAAUAGGAUAUUGGUAAAGAAAUCUGCUUUUUGAAGAGAUAUAGGCUAAUCUUUACUUUUUUCUAGUUUCAGUCCAGAAAGAAUUUCACAUUUAGAGCUUAGAUCGCUUCAGAGAAGCAAGUCUAUAACUCAUGUUGCCCUUUAGAUAGGGAUCCAUUUUAAAGAACUACAUGUUUUUCCCUUGUUCCAAACAAUAGGUUCAAACACUAGAGCUGUUAGUAAAACGAACAAAUACUGCAUAAACUGACCUUUCUCAACUAGAAUAAAAUAUUGAGUGUGUUUCUAAAUGCCCUAGGUAUUUUGGCUCUCUGUGUGAAGAGUUACAGCACUUCAAAUGCCUGCAUGCUUAUGUAGUAAAAUAAAUGAAAAGGCAAGGAUAAUUUAAAACUUAAAAAAAAUAAACCCAGUAUUUAUAAAAUGAAUAAUUUUACCUGUUUCAUUUUUAAAAUUCUGAUUAAAUAAGGAAUAAUUUUUAUAUAGAGAGUUAACUUUACAAGGCCUUCUUAUAUUAGGAAACAAAUUUCAGUUCACACACAUAAUUGAAAUAAUUGGUAAUAUCUAACAAACUAAAACAUUUUCUUAAAAUACUGAGUCACAAUAGUAUGCUUGGGACAUCCAAGUAGCGUGGGAUUCAAAUACCAUGAGGGAACCAGAAGUCCUCUAACUUACUAAGGUCAGAAAAGACACAAAAUUAACAUUGAAAUUUCAAUAGCUGUUUGCCCCUCACAUUUGUGCAUGCUAUGUCCUUUGGCUCCUGACUUUCAGAGAUCUAUGACUUUUGAUAUGCUCAUCACCUUGAUAACAUUUCUUCUAGUCCUUGCUUUCCAUGAACACAGCAGGUCUUUUUGUUGUUCAGCUUCUCAAUGACUCUGCUCACUAUGGAAUAUUCACUAAACUCUGACCUUUCUUUACUUCUUUUGACCAAUGUAUCCUUUGGCACCACUACCCCUACCUUCAUUUCCAUUUCAUUUGAACUCUGCAUGCCUACCUUUAUUCUGCUUUGUGUACCUGGCAAUGUAGAAUUUUUACAUAAAGUACCAGCACUGUAGAAUUUUUGCCUACUAAUGACAAAAUUGCUUACUGCCAUCUUUGUGUUUUAUUGUUACUAAGAUACUAAAAUUAAUAAUCAUAUAGAACAAAUAAAGGAAUAGUUUUUGAACAAAUAAAGGAAUAGUUUUUGCUUAUUUCAAUCCUUAGCAAUUUAUACUAUAAUUUUUCAUAGACAUUGCUUACAAUUAAUGGCAAAUAUAAUAAUAGAAAAUGAAAUGUAACCUUUGGUUAAAGUAUGGGCUUUUAAAUUUCUAAUUAAUUGGAACCUAUUGGGUAUAAUUUCUGGUGGAAUAUAAGACAAAAGAGGCUGAGAAUCAUUGUAUAAAAAUUAUGCAACUGUAGAAUAUACCUUUAUUUCAUAAUUUGUCAAAACUUCACUAUAGAGACAAAAAUAAAAGAACCUAUAUCAUUCCCUCCCCAAAAUAGUAAGCAUUGACUAUGUGCAUCUGUAUGAUAUACCUAAAAUAAUUAUUAACUAAAUAUAUCCAUUAUACUGUUUAUAAUCCUCAA